AUGGCCUCACUAGCCGAACUCGCUGCCCCUGUCGACGGUAGCGAGUUCCUCGACUUGGACGCUUGGUCCCGCGCCCUGGACGACUGGGCCGUCAAGGAGAAGUUCUCCUGGCGGCUCCAGAGGAGGGACAAAGAUGGGGCAACCGCCGUUUGUCCCGAGGAGGGCUCCGACCGCAAAAAGAGAGGGUUCGGAGGGAGGAUGCCCGGCGUCCUCGAAGAUGCCGGGCUCGCCGGGAUCACGGAGGACUUCUGCCGCUUGGGGCAGUCAUUGCCACUGUGCCGGACUUGGUCUGCACACGCUGCGGCACCUGCAGCGAGCCUGGGCAUAAUGCCAGGACUUGCCGCAGGCCUCAUAAUUGACCCGUUCUCAUAUGAGAACGGGGGGAGUUUCUAG